ACAGAUACAUAUAUAAUCAUCCCCCGAUCCCUGCCCAAUCUUGUUUUCCCCAAAGUCACCCCACUCUCUUCUCAAAUAACUACAAACAGACAUAGCUUCAAACUAGCUACCUUGUCUCAUACUACUCUUUGCACGAUUCUUCAUCAUGAAGGGCUUUGGAGAUGUUCUACUGACAAGUCCGGAUGGUUAUAAGUUGUACGAAGCCGACAUCUUUUCCUCUGGCCCGUCGCUUUUUAACGUCCGAGCGUGUGAGAUAAUUGGAGAAAAGGAAAGAAACCUAUUCGAUCGACCCCAUUACGACCCCAACGAGGCUCUGCGGGUCCUGUUUUGUUAUCCUACAUUGAAGGACCUCAAGACCAGGCCGGUAUAUAGCUUGAUUACUGAUCAGAUCAAGCAUUUGAUGAAUGGCCGGAAGGUCACCACAAAACAAUUCCAUUACUCCGUCCCCGAUACCGGCGUGGGUGAGCAGCCCAUUCAUUCUGAGGAAUCCUACGAGGGAAAAGUUGGCGCUAUACAACGCAUUAAUUAUGGAAUCCAUUUGCUUGAGAAUGGGUUGUUCCCCUUCCACCUGGGUGACUACCACAUAGUAUUGUUUGUCGCGGUUGAAAGCGACAUCGAUGUUCGCUCGAUGCCCAACUACGAUAAAGCCAAUAUUGUGGCAUACGAAUAUCACUCCCGUGAGCCCGUGGGUAUUAUGUCUCGGGGUCCAGCUGUACAGCGAGAGUUCUUCGACAUUACGGACAAGAAAACGACUUACGGCCAGAGACUUGCAUCACGAUUUCCCGUGCUACAUGACGAUUGGCAUCGCUUGGUAUGCAAGCAUCACCGGAUACUGAACUGUCGCGAGGCAUUCAUUGCUGAUGCUUUGGUUCUUUUGAUCGCUCAUCGUUACUUGGAAAAUAUCUUGGCCUUCUUUUAA